UACAACGAUGCAGAACUGACGCACUUGAACUCACCAAAGCCAGAGUCAGGAUUCUACAGCCGGAGGGUGUGUGCUGUGUGUUUUAAGGGCGCAGACCAUCAGCACUGUUGGAGGAAAUGCUUUCAAGCCGAUUGGGAUUCAGUUUGGGACAGGACACCUAUCCAACUUUGACCCUCCAUUACGUGUGUUGUUUUUUGUAAGAUGAGAUGUGUUACUGCAGCGCUACUAUCUGCUGCAGUAGGCUCUUUGUAAUAGAUAUUUCCGGACACUGUUUCUACUAGUGGGGGGGAUCUGUGUCGCUGGAGUUUGCGGAUGCACUUGCUUCUGCUCAAGGUGACUUGGAGAUUUCACAGGCGUGAGUGGCACCACGGAGUUAAACCUCUGCUGGGAUUCGUUCAGUGGAGGUGGUGAGAUGGAACCUUGGCGGUGAGGGAUUGGAGGGGCCUGAGAGGCCCAGAGUCGAGUCGCUCGUCUCCGGGAACAGCCAGGGCAUGGGCUCAGCCUCUCCUCAGGAGCCCCAGAAAGACAUGGAGGGCUAUUAUGACCUUUUGCAGGCAGGCUCCGAGCUAGAGAGCACACUGCAACAGGUUACAGUCUCUGUGAGUAUGCAGGAGGUGGCUGGCUACAUUGAGAAACAAGUGGCCUAUUUAUCAGGGGGUCGUGCUGAGGAUUCCAGUGUCAUCAUUACCCUCCCAGAAUGCUCUGCUUUCAGUGACAUUCCUGAAGAAGCUCUAGCCAAAGUUCUGUCAUACCUCACACUGAUCCCGAGAGCCCGGCAACCUGGUGUCAAAUUUAUCAUCAUUUUAGACAGAAGAUUGGAUACUUGGACCUCAAUCAAAACAGCACUUGCAAGGAUUGCGGCCUCAUUCCCGGGAAACCUGCACUUGGUUUUGGUGCUGAGACCGACCAGUUUUUUCCAGCGGACCGUCACUGAUCUCGGCUUCCGCUUUAGUCAGGAGGACUUCAUGAUCCAAAUGCCUGUCGUGAUGCUCAGCUCUGUCACAGAUCUACUGCGUUACAUUGAUGAGAACCAACUGACCUCAGAGUUUGGAGGCACUCUUGACUACUGCCACAGCAACUGGAUUGUCUUGAGAACAGCUAUUGAGAGUUUUGCGGUUAUGGUUAAGGACAUUGCUCAGAUGUUGCAGGCCUUUGGCACAGAACUGGCUGAAACACAUUUAUCAGAGGAAUGCAGUGCUAUUGAGCUCAUGCUGCUGUCUCACAUUGAGAAAUACAGGAGACUUAAGGAUGCCAUCAAAUCAGUGAUGAGGGAGGGACGACAGCUGCUCUCUAACCUGGAGACGUCAAGGAAAGAGGUGAACUCAGACACAAACUGGGAUAUAACCCAGGACUGGGACACCAUGCAGAGGCUGCUGGCUCAGCUCAAUGACAUGGAGAUGGCUUUUGAUGGCUUCUUCGACAAGCACCACCUCAAACUGCAGCAAUAUUUACAACUGCUGAGAUAUGAACAGAGCUUUCAGGAGAUGGAGAGCUCUUUAGAGAAGUCAAGAGUUCAGGAGAGGAAGGUGAGCAUUACCGGAGAAUCUCUACUCCAGACAGACCAGGCGGCCAGAGAGCUGGACAGUCUGGAAAGACGUGCGCAGGAGGAGAUGAGUCGGGCUCAGGUUCUUAUCUUGCACGGCCAUCAGCUGGCAGCCGGGCAUCACUACGCCAUGGCUCUGAUCAUCCAGCGCUGUAAUGAACUGAGACAUCACUGUGACAAUCUGACCUUCGCCCUCAGUACUAAACGCAACAUGCUCUCGAGAGCACAGACUUUACUCCGACACCUCGAAGAGGCCCAGCGCUGGUGUGAUGAUGCGGUUUAUCUCUUGGCCAAUCAACAGGUGGAUAAAUUUCAGUCUAAAGAAGGUGCACAGACUGCUCUCCGAGCAAUUGAAAAGUUCCAGGAGGGGGCGCCACCUCUCCUCAUUGCAGGAUCUGAUGUGCUCUUUAUGGAGUAUGAAUCUGUGCUCACUUCUUAUCUACAGGCUCAUAUAGAGAAGACAUUUGAAAAACAUGGCUCAGUGCAGGGUUUGAUUCAGAGCAGACAGAGCUGCCUGAGGAAACUGGCAGACAAACUUGUACGGCCGGUCCAACUUGUGACCCCUCGGCCAGAGAACACACCACGCUCAAAAUCUCCCCUCUUCUCCCCCAAACAUGAUUUUAAUUCCGGUUUAAAGUUCACCUUUGACCUCCCACUGCCAGGCAAAAAAACAUCAAGGAAAAGCCCAAACUCUAGGAAGAUUGAGGUGAUUCACGACUAUCAGAGCCCCAUCUCUCCCCCCUACUGUAUAGAUGGAGAGGACAGUGCUGAACUACUGAAACGGCAUGUGAUGAAUGAGCUGAUAGAGACAGAGAGGAUCUAUGUGGAGGAGCUGCUGGCAGUUCUCUUGGGCUAUAGGGCUGAGAUGGACAACCCAGCUUUUGCUUCGCUUCUGCCAACAAGUCUUCGCAACAAAAGAGACGUGCUGUUUGGAAACCUACCUGAUAUCUACAACUUUCAUAGCAGUGUCUUUCUACAGGAUUUAGAAAGCUGUCUAGAAACCCCGGAGGCAGUAGGGGCGUGUUUUCUGAAGCGGAAAGAGCAUUUUCAUUUAUAUGAAUGUUACUGUCAGAACAAACCUCGGUCCGAGUCCUUGUGGAGACAGUUCCCGGACUGUCCGUUUUUUCAGGAAUGCCAGAAGAAACUGGAACACAAACUGGCUCUUGACUCAUACCUGCUGAAACCAGUACAGCGCCUUACAAAGUAUCAGCUCCUACUAAAGGAGCUCUUGAAGUACAGUUCAGGAUGUGAGAGGAUUUCUGAGCUGCAGGGGGCGCUAACAGCCAUGCUGGACCUCCUUAAAUCUGUCAAUGAUUCAAUGCACCAGAUAGCCAUCACUGGAUAUGAGGGAGAUCUCUGCGAUCUGGGCCGUGUGUUAAUGCAGGGCUCUUUCAGCGUGUGGAUCAGUCAUAAGAAGGGUCCGACCCGCGUAAAGGAGUUAGCCCGCUUCAAGCCCAUGCAGCGACACUUAUUCCUACACGAGCAUGCUCUCCUAUUUUGCAAACGGCGAGAAGAGCACGGAGAAAGCGCUGACAAGACCCCCUCCUACAGCUUCAAGCACUGUCUCAAGAUGAGUGCGGUAGGCAUAACAGAGAACGUCAAAGGAGACGUGAAGAAGUUUGAGAUCUGGUACAGUGGGAGAGAAGAGGUUUAUGUGAUACAAGCACCCACAGUGGAGGUGAAGAUUACCUGGCUGAACGAGAUCAGAAGGAUUCUGACCAACCAGCAAAAACAACUCAAAGAAGAGUUGUGUCAUUCCGUUGCAUACUCAGAGCUGUCUCCGCCGCUCUCUGUGAGCAAGCAGCCAAGAGCGUCAGUCAGCUCAGAGGGGAGUGAGUCGGGUCACAGCAGUCCAGACCCGCUCACAUGCUCAAACCAGCACCAGCGCAACAGACGCAGCUGGCCGGGAGCACCCUAUUCUGUAGAUAUCUGUGAAGGUCUGGAGGACUGGAGUGGAGCAAACAGCCUCUCUAACCCGUCUGACACUGAGGAGGAAGACACUACCCAUCUGGUUCCGGGCAGAUACAGUGCUUUCACCGAUUGGCGGAAAAAUGGGCCUGAUAAUUUGAUCGUUAAAUGUGGUGAUGUCAUACAACUGGAGCGUGAGGAGAAUGAUGGCCAGUGGCUGGUAACGAAUCUGAGUCGCAGACAGGAAGGCCGAAUCCCUACUGCCAAACUACAGGGCAUCCUGGGAGAUGGCAUGAAAAAUCACUCCAGCAGGCUGGGAGGAAAAUCAGAAAACCCAGGGAAGCAGAAAACACGAAAGCUCAGCUCACCAUAAAGGAAUCAUUCAACAGUAUCUUGAACUUUCAUCCUUAUGAACUUUAUGAAUUCAGACCUGAACGGAAGGAUGAUAUUCUGAAUAUUUCAACAUUCUUCCCGUGUUCUUGUACUGAUCCUCAACGACAGAUGCUAUCAAAAUGCAUCGCAGCUGUUUUUAAUACUUCAAACCAUAAAUAUGAGAAUGGUCAUUUUACAAGUGAUCUCCAGCUCCUCCAGAUUUUCCUAGAGAGUGCUCGUAAAGAUAUUUUCUCUGCGUGAACACUUCAGUCCUCCUGACUUGAUGAAACAUUUUUAAAUUCAUUUGAAUUGUCCCAAUAGACUUAAUACUUGUUUUUAAUGACUCAACGGUGAUGAAUAUCUCUUCGUACUUGACAUGUUGCUGUGUUCACAGUAAACACUCUCAUGGGCCUAUGGAAACAUCUUGUUUGUAAAUAACUUGGAUUUUAUUAUUUACUUGUGUGUGUUUGUGCUGGUAUUUACCGUGCACUGUUAUUUGUUGUCAUAUUUAUCCUCUUCGAACAGAAAGAGCUCUCUCCCUGUGAGCUUUAAUGCCAAACCAUGCAGUGCCAUAACGCCUCCUUUGUCCCAUUACUUGAGCUUCUCGAUUUAUUUAAUGCAAAUUUUACUCAUUAGUAUUUUUUAUAUUACCUCAAAAACAUUCUUUAUAAAGCACUUUAUCAAGGGCACACAAAUUAGCUUGUGGCUUUUUGCAUCUCUCUACAGCUUUAAACCAGUAAGAUUUGGCAUGCCUUCAAAUCUUACCUCUCUUUAAUUUGGAAAAUGUCCUUUUUUGGCACUUUACAUGCAGAAUCUUCUCUGCCAACUUAAAGACUUGUGGCAAGAAUGUAAAUGUUGACUUUGAGACCACAAAACAUUGUAAUUAAACGUUGAAUCAAACGAGAAGAAAACUAUUUUUAAACGAAAACAUGUUUUCAUGUGUGUUCAUGUGUGUAGACAAAAAAUAUGAAAUUUCAGUGAAUUAUUGCUGAAAACAAGCAAAAAAAAUCUGCCAAUGGGGUAAGAAAAAUAAUCUUAAAUAAUGGUUUACAUUUUUCUUAAUCACUUAAUACAAGAUUAUUUUUCUUACCUACUUUUUCUUAUAUUUCUUUGCUUGUUUUAAGCACAAAUUCACUGAAAUUUAAAAAUUUUUGUCCAAAAACAAGACUUCUUUUCUUAUUCAUCUUGAUUAGCGUAGUUUUUUCGCCAUUUUUACUGGAAAACAAGACAAAAAUAAUAAGAAUGUCAUUUUUUAGCAGUUCAUGUGCGAAGGCAAAAUCAGAGCCUUGUGAUGAAGCUUUCUUAUUAAGAGAGCUUAUACGGACAACAUAAAAUAUAGCCAGUGUUUUGAAUGCUUGGUUAAAUAUUGAUUGCAGACUUAUAUAAAUGUAUUACACAAAAUUGGGCUCCCGGUUGGAGGCCUGACUUUGAUAUGACAGUGUUUGAAGUGGAAAUGAGCGGCGAGCAGCAGUAGGAAACGCUCUGGAGUACAUAUCUCUUAUGCUACUCAUUUAUUUAUUUUGAUAUAGUUGUUCCCUUCCGGCGUAGAGACACCCGUCCGAAAUCAUGACUCUUAAUGGAAAGUACAACAUACUAUAAAUGUACCCUUGCUGUUCUUAAAGCAUCUGUUCUUUAAGCAUGUUUGUGCUUAUUCACAGUAGUUCUAUGCAAACGUCCAAAUGCAUUUAACUGAUUUCAGAUGUUGCUUUUAAAUCAUUCGUUUUAAAGAAAUGUACAUUUACUGACAGUAUUAUAAUUUUACAACACGAUAUGUUUAAAUUUGUACAGCCUAUUGAAAUUUUAAAUACACUGAAAAUAAUUUCUGUAGAAAUUACAGUAUUACUUGCAGCAGUUUGCCAUUAACUUACUGUAGAUUUACAUUUAUGUAAUUUACUGACAACAGUUUGUUCAAAGAUUGAUGAACAUUAAACAUUAACAAGACUUUAUCUUUACAGAAAAAUCUAAACAUUAACAGCCUUUUGCAAAGCAUACUGGGAACCAAAUUUGAAAAAAAAAACAGAAAAGGGUUAAUGAGGAUUUCUGGUUUCCAGAAUGCUUUGCAUAAUGCUUUUAUUUUAUAGUUUUGUUCUGUAAAGAUUAAGAUAUGUUAAUGUUUAAUGUUCAUGAAUCUUUUAACAAACUCAUGCUAAUAAAUUAGAUGAAUACAAUUAUAAAACGGUCAGUUCUGGUCCUUGAUUCUGAUUGGCUGAGCGGAGUUCUAAGGCGUUAUAAAAUACCCCGGUAACCCACUGCUUCUUGGGGCUUAUUGCUUUAAUAUAAAGUAAGUUAUUGGCAAUAACUUGUAUUAAUAGUAUAAUAGCUUUAUCACCAGAAACACUUUCUCUACAACACCCCUGAUAAGAGUUUAGAGUAAAAAACAGAUAUAAGUGAGACCUGGAGAAAGUGUUUCGAGUUUUUUUAAUCUACCAGUGCUUUUUAGCAUUUUGUUUUCAACCCCCCAGUUAAAAAUCAUAUUUAAUUUGAAUUUGUAUGAGUUUUAUUACCUCCGUCAUAAGAAGCAUUGUGUUGGUACAUCCCAUAAACUCAGUCAAAAUGAUUUUAAGAUCAGUCCUUUCACAGGCGAGAUGUAAGUGAUGUGAUGCCUCCAGUGCUCAUGUGUGAGAUCCAUUGAUUUUCAGAACUGGGGCAUGAGCCUUUUUAAAACUGCUCUUGAAAUCUUGAGUAGGUUUCUA